AUUAAUCAGAGAUUGAAAGUGAACUAAAAGGACAUUAUCUUUGGGAGACUUCUCUUUGCUACUAUUGAGAAAAAGGUUGGCUUUCUCUGUUUCUUUCAACGCAUAGUACCGCCAUAGAGGAUUCGGUGCGCUGAUAAUGCUCGGCUUCCGGAGCUAACAUCAGUGACGACGAGCUUGAAUUCACAGCAAACAUUCUCAAUACCAAACGUGCACACAUCCUUGCGCUUCCUCGAUACAAGCCCUGAAUAUUUCAAGAGUAAUCUUCGAAUGUCAUGAUAAUCACCAAGCGUGCUGUUCUUGAUUCAAGAGCGCACCUUUUCUGCCAGAGCAAAAGAUGUCCGACAAAGCCUUAGACAAGUUCUUAAGAAAGGUUCCGGAUGUACAAGUACUGGCGAACGCGACAGUCUCAACAGCUACCUUGCUACUAACGAACCAUCAUCUCAUUGUUGCGACUCCUCACACCCCUUCCUCCUCGCAAGAUGGCUCAAGUCACCAGCCUAAACCGAAGACUAGAGAAGUGUACAUCGCCUACCCCAUGAUAGCUCAAUGCACUUUCAGACCAACCCCGCCAAGUUCCGGACUCUCCUCAACAAUUCGAUUACGAUGCCGAGACUUCCUUUUCGUUACCUUCAAUUUCGUGGAUGACAGGCAAGCCAGAGAUGUUUUCGAGACCAUAAAAUGUCAAACAUGCAAGCUUGGAAGUAUUGAGAAACUUUACGCUUUCACGUACGAUGCGCCCCCCAUAGAGAAGGCAGUUGGAGGCUGGGAGCUUUAUGACGCGAAGGCAGAGUGGAAACGGCAGGGCAUUAGUGAUAAGGGAAUUGAUAGAGGAUGGAGGAUAUCCAAGAUCAACUUGGAUUACGCCUUUUCGCCCACGUAUCCAGCGUUGCUCGUGGUUCCUUCGUCCAUAUCUGACAACACACUGAACUAUGCUGGUCGAUAUCGUUCGAGAGUACGAAUCCCUACCUUGACUUACCUACAUCCUGUCAAUAAUUGCUCUAUCACACGGAGCUCGCAACCUAUGGCUGGUCUGAGAGGUAAUCGCAGCAUACAAGAUGAGAAGCUUGUCAGCGCAUGCUUCUCAGCAUCUGCCCAAAUUGAUGAUGGCGAGCCUUCGUCACAAACUAUAUCUCGCGCUAGCCCAGCUUCCAGUCAGGCUGACCUUGGCCUACCUACAGAUAGUGAACUAUCGGAGACGGAACGCCUUGAAGACGAGAUGAUCUCUGCCUCAAAUAUUGAGAUCGUCUCUGACAAACCACACAUCUAUGGUGCUCAGCAACAUAAUCUUAUUGUGGAUGCUCGUCCUACUGUGAAUGCAUUGGCCAUGCAAGCGGUCGGUCUUGGUUCAGAAAACAUGGAUCAUUACAAAUUCGCAACCAAAGCGUAUCUAGGCAUCGAGAACAUCCACGUCAUGCGAGACUCUUUAGCAAAAGUUAUAGAAGCUGUCAAGGAUUCUGAUAUCUCAAGACUACCACCAAAUCAAGAGCUACUUGUCAAAAGUGGCUGGCUUAAACACAUUACAGGCCUAUUAGACGGGGCUGCCUUGAUAGCUCGUCAGGUCGGGAUUCAGCAUUCUCAUGUUCUCAUACAUUGCUCCGAUGGUUGGGAUCGAACAAGCCAGUUGAGUGCCCUUUCGCAAUUAAUGCUAGAUCCCUACUACAGGACAAUCGAAGGAUUCAUUGUCUUGAUCGAGAAAGACUGGCUGGCAUUUGGGCAUAUGUUUCAGCAUCGUUCAGGUUUCCUCAAUAGUGAGAAGUGGUUCAGUACUCAGAAUGAUGCGCUUGCCGGCUCUGCAAUUCAGCCUGGCGGCAACGGAGAAGGCCGAGGAGACGCUAUUGAAAAUGCAUUGCUGAGCGCGAAGAGAUUCUUUAACAAGAGCAAUGCAAGUCAGGAUACGGUGACGGACUCUGAUGGCGAACUGCUAUCUGUUGAUGAGUCCCCAAAAGCCAAGAGGAGAUCCGGCACCAAGGAUACUCUUGCAGACAAGGAAGCUACAAAGCCAAAGGAGACAAGUCCGGUCUUCCACCAGUUCCUAGAUUGCACCUACCAGCUUCUCCACCAAUACCCUACUCGUUUUGAGUUCAACGAACGAUUCCUGCGGAGACUUCUUUACCACCUCUACUCAUGCCAAUAUGGCACAUUCCUUUACAAUAAUGAGAAAUCUCGCUUAGAUGCUCGAGUUCAGCAGCGAACGGCAAGUGCAUGGGGCUAUUUUCUUGCCCAACGGGCAGGAUUCACGAAUAAAGAUUACGAUGGAGGUGAAAUCGAUGACCAUGUCAAGGGCAAAGAACGACUUCUGUUCCCGAAGCUGGACAAGGUCAGAUGGUGGCCUGAGCUUUUCAACCGGAAAGAUCAAGAUAUGAAUGGUCCAGUCAAUACCGUCACUGAGCGGUAUCUUGGCGAUAGGGAGGACAGCAUGGGCGUUGGUGGGGGUGUUCUUACUGGAGUGGAGACUGCUGAUCGAGUCGUCCCUGCUGGAAGUAUUCGUCACACUCCUCCAAAUGGUACGCAGGGGAAGUUGGCUAGUCUGCGGGAGGGUAUAUCAGGUUUAGGAAUAGUCAAAAGCAUGGGUGGAGGAGGGAGCAAGAGUCCUGCAAAUUCAAAGCAGCCACUGGAGGUAGAAAUGCAAUAGGGUAUAGCAGGCAGGCAUAGGCUAGGCGUCAAGGAUUAGAGCAGCCGCAUUUAGCAUAGCAUUGCAGGAGCUUGGCGUCAUGGGGAAGGAAAUGCACGAUGAGUUUACGAGAAUCAUGUAUCAUG